AUGGUUGUUCAAAUAGAGAAUGAAGAUCAACAUAACUGUUUAGAAGGUUAUUCUAAUUCACUAUUAAAACAUCAGCAAACUCUAGUCUCUGACACUUACAAAUCACCCAAAGGUUCAACAACCAAAUAUGACAGUUCAUCUCAUUCAACAAUUAACCCGGGAGUGUUUGCAGCUCGGAAGUUUGAUUUAGAGGAAGAUAAGAUGCUUCAGACUUCCAUCGACUAUGCAAACAACAAGGAAACAAUUGUACAUGACACCUAG